CUUAGUACGCGCAGCAGCAGCAUCACUGUCGCGCUCCAGGACUGUCUCAUCAGAGAGUCCCAUUCCCCUCUUAAACUGCCCUGUCUCUCCCCGUGUCUCCCGCCCCUCUUCUUCUCCCUCCUCUGUUCUUGUUUUCUGAGUGUUUUGUUUUUGUGUUUUGUGGUUGUCUCCCUCUAAAGAUGGCCUGUCAGGGGCUCCAGAAAGGGGAAACCCUGGCGUCGCUGAAGAAGGAGAGCGAGACUCUGAAGAAGCUGGACGAGCGGAGCAAGCUUACCGACGUGGAGUUGCACCAGGUGGCUGAGAAAGUCGAGGUGUUGGGUGCUCUCUCCAUAAAGACCAGGCGUUUGCUGAAGGGUCAUGGGAACAAGGUGCUGUGUAUGGACUGGUGUAAAGACAGACGUCGUAUCGUCAGCUCUUCACAGGACGGUAAAGUGAUUGUCUGGGAUGCCUUCACUCUCAAUAAGGAGAAUGGGGUGAGCUUGCCGUGUACAUGGGUGAUGGCAUGUGCUUACUCUCCUUCGGGUUGUGCUGUGGCUUGUGGUGGAUUGGAUAACAAGUGCUCAGUGAUCCCGCUGUCACUGGACAGAAACGAGAACUUAGCUGCAAAGAAGAAAUCUGUGGCCAUGCACACCAACUAUAUAUCAGGAUGUACCUUCACUAGUUCUGACAUGCAGCUCUUGACCUCCAGCGGUGACGGCUCGUGUGCACUGUGGGAUGUGGAGAGCGGGCAGCUGCUGCAGAGUUUUCACGGUCACACAGCUGAUGUUCUGUCCCUGGACCUCGCUCCGUCUGAGACCGGAAACACUUUCGUCUCUGGGGGAAGUGAUAAAAGGUCCAACGUGUGGGACAUGCGCUCUGGACAGAACAUCCAGUCUUUUGAGAGCCAUGAGUCUGACAUCAACUGUGUGAAGUACUAUCCCAGUGGCGAUGCUUUUGCUUCUGCUUCUGAUGAUUCCACCUGCCGUUUCUAUGACCUGCGAGCUGACCGAGAGGUGGCCGUCUACCAGAAGGACAGCAUCAUAUUUGGUGCCUCCACUGUGGAUUUCUCUCUGAGUGGUCGUUUACUCUUCGCUGGUUAUAAUGACUACACCAUUAACGUGUGGGACGUUCUAAAGGGAACUCGUGUCACAUGUUUGUUUGGACAUGAGAACCGCGUCAGCAAAGUCAAAAUGUCACCUGACGGCACGGCACUCUGCUCGGCCUCCUGGGACAACACCUUACGAAUUUGGGCGUAGACUUUAUGUCACAGUUGUGAUCCAGAAAAUAAAAAACAUCACCAGCAUCAUGUGCGCACUACAACUGCAAGUCCCUCCCUACCUGAAAUUAAACCAACUGCAGAAGUGUGACAAAUGGCACAGCUACAAUAUCUUCUCUGAAUGUGUAUAUAUAUCGUGGUAUCAUUACUGAAGGGUGGGUAAUGAUUCAAGAAGACUGCUGAUCAUGUUAGGUUUCCCUUAGAGUUGUUAGCUUGAUGAUGACGUGUCUAAUUGUUUCAUCAUUGGGGCAUAUAUUAGAGGAAAUUUGUCAAUGUAAAGGUCCAAAAUUAACUGUAUCAACCAGCAGUGUCAGCUCUGUGUGUAACCCUACAGACAGCAUAAAUAAUUCUUGAAAAUGAUGUACAGUGAGAAGCACAGCUGUCCACAAUUUAUUAUAGGUGCAGAGACUUGUGUUACUGUGACACUCUGUCAUAGAUGUUGUCAUGAUGUUUAUCCUAUGAGAGACAGCUGUAAAGUGUAGCUACAGGUUUUUCUUAUCUCCACAUGUAUAAAGCUCAGCAGCCUAGGAGAUAAAUUGUUGCAUAAAUAAAAGAGAUUUUGAUU